GUUUCGCGCGUCUGCCGCCCAAUCGCGCGCUGUCGCGCGCCCAUCCCCUCGUCCGCUAUUCUCGCGCGCGUCCGUCCCGCCGCUACGUAGUCCUAUGCCCUUGCAGUUUCGGACGACGCCCGCGUGGUCCUCACCCGCGCGCCCAGCUCGCCCGCCGUUCGCUGCCCGCGCGUACCUCGCAUCGCCCGUGACCUGCUCGCCUACCGCACACCCGUGUACACCCGCGUACACCCGCGUGCUGGCCACCCGUCGUCGCGCAUCACCGCCCGAUGCGCAUCUCUCGCCCGUUCGACCCUCGGUCACUCCCGACCAUCCUUCAGCCUCGACGACCACUUCCGUAUCAUUCCCCCCCUCUUCAAGACAUUCCUUGUCCCCAAGGAUGAGAAAGUUCAGCAC